AUGGGCAGGGCUGAGGCCGGAGGAAGGAAGAUGAGUGACCCGGUGCCCCCGGAGCCCGCGGGGAGCCCCGAGAGCCUGCAGGAACUGGGAUGGUAUCAUGGCAACCUGAGCCGCCACGCGGCCGAAGCCCUGCUCCUCUCCAACGGGCAGGACGGAAGCUACCUCCUCCGAAACAGCAAUGACCGGACCGACGUCUACUCGCUGUCAGUGAGGGCCAAGGAGUCGGUCAAACACUUCCACGUGGAGAACGUCGGGUCGUCCUAUAAGUUUGGCUUUAACGAGUUCGCCAGCUUGAAGGACUUUGUCAAGCAUUUCGCCAACCAGCCCCUAAUUGGGAGUGAGACGGGCACCCUGAUGAUCCUGAAGCAUCCUUAUCCGUGCAAGGUGGAGGAACCGUCCAUCUACGAGUCCGUCCGCGUCCACACGGCCAUGCAGACCGGGAGAACCGAGCGCGACCUGCUUCCGAGCGCCCCUUCGCUGGGGACCAAAGAGGGGUAUCUGACGAAGCAGGGUGGGCUCGUGAAGAGCUGGAAAACUCGGUGGUUCACGCUCAAUCGGAACGAACUCAAGUACUUCAAAGACCAGAUGACCCCGGAGCCCAUCCGCACCCUGGAUCUCACCGAGUGCUCCGCCGUGCAGUUCGAUUACACGCAGGAGAGGGUCAACUGCUUCUGCCUCGUGUUUCCAUUCAGGACAUUUUAUCUCUGUGCGAAGACUGGAGUAGAAGCGGAUGAGUGGAUUAAGAUAUUGCGGUGGAAACUGUCGCAGAUCAAGAAGCAGCUGGAGCAGAGAGAAGCCCCCUUGACCUCCGAGCCACCCCAACACAGGCCGUCCUUCCGGAGCUGAAUCUGCACCCAGGGCCCACCCGCCACGCCGCCCACGGCCCCUUUUCCCGCCGCCGCAUCCCCUUCCCAACGGCGGUCCCAUCCCCGACGGCCCCUGCCCCACCACCGACUCCGACUCCAGCCCGUACCCGUUCGACGUCGGGUGGCUUUGAGACGAUCCAUUCGGACACGCGACUCACGAUUUAAGGAGGAGGGAGACGGGGUGGUCCGGCCCCAUCCUACAGAGCGGGCAACUGAGGCCGCGAAGUGGCCCAGUUCAAGCCCAGCGCCUGGGAAGAGGUGGAAUAGAGCUCGGAGCGGAGGGACAACUUGGUCCACUUACAACGGGCAGGGAUGGGAAUGAGUGAAUGAUCCAAGGAUGCUGAAUUCCCGCUGAGAUCAACCCCCCCCCGGCCAGGUGCGGUCUGAAGGUCAAGGAGA